AUUCUGAGCCCUUUCUUCAACGCUCAUAUUUCAGCUCACUGCUCUGCAAUUCCAGUCUCCAUUAAUUUCACAGCUUCCAAUUUGACCGAAUAAAAAAAUUAUACACAAAUCAUAAAUAUAUGUCUAUAUAUUUUAAUUAAAUAUAUAAAUAAACUAGUUCUUUCCUCAGAUAAACCAGUUUUUGAUUGUAUAAAAUUUGGUAUUGCUGUAUUGAAUAACCUAUCAUUGUCCUCUCAAUUUCACUUUUUCCCGAGGAGUUUGGGUUCCUGAGCUUCCAAUUAGGAGCCCGGAUUAUAGCAUGGUUGCAUAGAAUCGGUGUUCCUGAAAUAAUUGGCGGAUCGCUGCUUUGAAUUUCGCAGAUCUGGGUCACCUACCAAUAUCAACUGCUUCAUUAAAGGUCAUAGAAACUAGGUUAAUCAGAUAUGUAUCAGCGCAAGGGUGUUCCUAGUUGAAACUUGGUUCACAGCAAAUCAAUUGUUUGAAGUCAGCCGUUAGACUGUGUUGAUUGCACAAUGGAUCCUAUCAAUGGAUCUAACAGUGGGAGCAAUAAUCAAAAUUUGGCGUCUAAGCAGCGGCUACGUUGGACACACGAGCUUCAUGAACGGUUUGUUGAUGCUGUAGCGCAGCUUGGCGGGCCAGAUCGAGCUACUCCUAAAGGUGUUCUCAGAGUUAUGGGAGUUCAAGGGCUAACAAUCUACCAUGUAAAAAGCCACUUGCAGAAGUACCGGCUGGCUAAGUAUCUUCCAGAUUCUUCUUCUGAUGGGAAAAAAGCUGAUAAGAAAGAAUCAGGCGACAUGCUUCCCGGUUUGGAUGGUUCAUCUGGAAUGCAAAUAACUGAAGCGCUCAAACUGCAAAUGGAGGUCCAAAAGCGACUGCAUGAGCAAUUAGAGGUGCAAAGACAGCUACAGUUACGGAUUGAAGCCCAAGGAAAGUACUUGAAAAAAAUUAUUGAAGAACAGCAGCGCAUCAGUGGAGUUCUUUCAGAAGCGCCUGGCUCUGGGACAGAUGAUGUUUGCCCAGAAUCCGAUAACAAAGCUGAUCCCACAACCCCGCCUCCAACAUCUGAAUCGCCUUUUGUGGAGCCUGCCAACGAACAUGCUUCAGCAAAGAGUUUUUCUCUGGAUGAAUCCUUGUCCUCUCAUCACGAGCCUCAGACCCCUGAUUCUGGCUGUCAUGGAACUUCACCAGUCGAGGAGGGCCCUAACGGGAGACCUGUGAAACGGAAACGCGGGAGCAGUGAUGUGGAGUUUACCAAGCAAGAAAUGACCAUCUCCCAUUCAAUACUGGAGUCGAGCUUGAACUCUCCUUACCAACAGCCGCAUCCCCUUUUCUUAUCAAGUGGGCAGUUCAAUCAUUCAUCAGAACUACCCAUUGGCAAUGAAAACCAAUUGGAAAAGCUCUCCGGUAAUAUGUGAUUUGUUUGAACGAAUUGCAUAUUACUCGGCUUCUUAGUUGUCAGUUGUCACCAUGUAUCUCUAGUGUCUAAUAGUGUAAUAUUCAUAUAACUGCAUUAUGAACCACGCUAGUAUUUAAGAUUGUAAGCAGAAAUUUAGGUUUAGAAGUGUCAAUUUGACUACACACUUGAGACUUUGAUUCUAAGUUGGUGAGAGUGUUCAAUUAAUCUUCAUUUUUCUGUUCAA